AAAUUGGGUGACAUCAUCGGAAAAGGUCAUUUUGGAAAAACUGUUGCUAUUAAACGAAUCAGCCUACAGAAGGCGCGGAGUACAGAUAUUCAGGAUACGUUGCAAGAAGCAUCUUUAUUGAGCUCGCUGAUGCACCCAAACAUAGUGAAGUACGAAGGCUUCAUUAAAACACACGAGCAUUUGAAUAUUGUAUUAGAAUACGUUGAAAAUGGGUCACUAUUACACUCACUAAAACAAUACGGACAUGCCCUUCCAGAACACCUUGUAGCAAGAUAUUGUUACGAUAUUCUCCAGGGCCUUGUUUAUCUGCAUGAAAAAGAUGUUGUUCAUUGCGAUUUGAAAGCAGCAAACAUCCUUACCACUAAGUCAGGCGACGUCAAAUUAUCUGAUUUCGGCGUGUCCUUGAAUUUAAAAUUGAAGAAGCAGGAGGAUAACAUUGUUCCAGGCACCCCAUUUUGGAUGGCGCCUGAAGUCAUUGAACUGAAAGGUGCAUCUGUUAAAUCUGAUAUAUGGUCAUUGGGAUGUACUUUAAUAGAAUUAUGCACUGGGAAGCCUCCUUAUGCAGAUUUAUUAACGAUGACGGCAAUGUUUAAGAUUGUGGAGGACGAGAGCCCACCUUUGCCAGUGGGUUUAUCAGACGUAAGUCAAAUUCGGCAUCUAAACGUAGUUUACAGCUUUAUGUAG